AUGGGACGCAAUGGGACACGGGGUACAGUGGGACANCCUCACUCCCCUCACUCCCCUCACUCCCCUCAGGUAUGGUUCCAGAACAGGCGAGCCAAGUUUCGUAAGCAGGAGCGAUUGGCGCAACAGAAGGUGCAGCAGCAACAGCAACAGAGCUCCCUGGAGGGGAAAUGCUCGUCCCAGCGACGCAAGGAAGCCCCCGCCGCCCCCCACCUGCUGCUCCCCCUGGACAGGCGACUGGUGGCUUUGAGGCGGCUGCGUCACGCAAGCAGCAGCUCAGCGGCAUCUCGACUGCGCCGUAUCUCGAUAAUUCCCCCAGCAGGAGUCAAGCUCGAGGGUUCCCCCAAAUGGUCGUCCGCAGCCCCCAGCCAGCCCGGCGGGGGUGGGGGAUGCACUGGGGGGUUAGAGGGUUGCAGUUCCCCCUUGACUGCCCUCGAACCCCGACCCUCAUCCCCAGCCCUCUCCCUCACCACCCUGACCGCCCACCACACCUCAGGCUCCCUCACCACAAACCUCAACCCUUCACCAUCAUCAACAUCAUCAUCGAGCAUCAACGGUUCGAUGAUGCCUCACCACCUGCACCACCACAACAACCAUCACCAGCACCACCACCAUCACCACCACCAUGGUAGCAACGCCCCGCCCUCCUUCUCACUACUCAACCACAGCGUUAACAACUACAUGCUACCUGACCCUGGCAAAAAUAACCUGAUAUCGCAGCUAUUUUAACCCCAACCAACCCCAACCUCGUGAAAUAAACCCAACCAUCGUAGUUAAGUAGCUAAUUACGAACGGUUAUUUGCCGGCCACCUUUUCGGAGAAAGUCAUUAAUUAUUCAAAUAAUUUUAUAUUUAAGGCAUGGCCACAUAAAGCCAUCAAGGAAUUUUGCCGAAAAUUAAGCAGCAAUUUCAACCAUCCCAAUUUAAUUCUAUCACCACCCAUCACAAUUUUCAAUUCCCUCAUUGCUAAUGCCAAUCAUCAACGAGUUGAAAUGUACGAUAUCUGCGGCUUUCUUUUCGGCUGGGUAAUUUUUACAGAUAAAUUCUUGAUUCCAGCUGACCGAAGUCAACUUUCCUGUUUGUACUCUUUAUACAAUUGUUUCCACUGUACCUACAUAUACACAAAUUGUGCACACUUUGUGUACAAUUUGCCGUGAAAUGUUAUUUACACAAACAGUAAAUUGUGGCACAUGACUCAUAUGUAAUAUACUCGUACAUAAAUCAAAUUAGAUCAUAGAUAUAGUACCAAAAGUUUCCGUCAUCCAUGAAAAGUUGUAGAGAAUAAUUCUCCGGAUACUGCGCUAUCGUCCCGUGUACAUAAAGAUUAUAAUAUAAUUAAAUAAAAAAUUGUAAAUAAGGAUGAUAAGUGAGUGAUGCUCACUCAGCGUAAGUGAUGAUUAAUUUUAAUAAUCAACACAUGUCAAAUUUAUAAUGAAUUGUCUUGCUUAAAUUAUGUUUUCAGAUUGAAGGUCACCGAGAAACUAUCGGAUGUCGUUCAAUGGCCAAUGUUGGAUCUCAAUUUCUUUGAUGUCAGAAGUGCGUUAUCUAUCGGUAUUUGAAUUAUGUUAUCUAUCAGCUGUAUUAUCUAUAAUAAAUUCUCACAAUCCUAGUAUAGUGAACAUUUUGCAUUAAUAGUGUUAUGCUUUUAUUACACUAAGAUUAAUUAAUUACAAUGUAUUCGGAAUCCGAAUACAUAGAAAUUAUUUCGAAUUGUCAGAUAAACACUUCUUUAAUUUAUCUGUUCAGUUCAUGUGGUAGCUUGUGUAACCUAUUAAAGAGCAACUAGUUCUGUGUAAAUAGUUACAUGACUCGAGUAGAGUUGGUGCUAGUGACCUAGUGGUAUAUUGAUGUUGAGCCGCCACUAGCGUUACUAGUGCUAGUAAUGCCAACGUUGCUGUAUACGUGUGUACAUAAAACGAUGUUGUAUCAUGGAUACCCAGCGUCGAUUUGAUUACUAGAUGCACACGGGCCAAAAUUUCAGUUAUGUUAAACGUACCUAAACUAGAGGGACAAUAUGAUCAAUUCUUUGUCAAUGCAAAUACUGUUCAAUUGUUGGCAUUGAGGUCUUGCUGUGACUUGGAUCCUCGGUCUGGGCUUCAAAAAAAGUCUCUUUGACAGAAUACACGGCAGAGCAAAGCUUACCAUAGCUUGCGUUUAAGGCAAAAAUAUACUAUUAUGUUUAGCAGCCUCAUACCUCAAUGCACUACUGCUGAUUAUUUGUUCUCUUCUAAAAAAAAUGCUGGCAUCUGGAAAUUUAGUACAUUUCGAGUAUUUCCGGAACCAAUGAUAAGCACAAAAAAUAUUCCUUCUUCCGCGAUAACGGGAUUAACUGAAUUGACGGCCUCCAUACAAACGAUCCAAAAUUAAUCUAUUUUGUUCACUGUCAUUACUGAAGAGCUAGAAAUAAUUCAGUUACCGGUAAGUAACCAACCGCUUGCGUCUCCUCACAAUCGUCCUUAAUUUUCAAACUUCUGUUCAUAAAUCGAAUAAUAAUAUAUUCUCAAACAUCGUAAUAUUUUUAUUUCGAAUCCAAAUUUUUACUGUACAAUCAAAAAUUGUAUCGCUAGGCAUAUUUAAUAUGCCAUGGCGUCUUUCCUUACUUUUUUGUAAUUUCUUUACUUCCAGAGCAUUUCUCCAGUACACGAAACAAAUUUACAGUACACGAAAAUUUCUCCAGUACACGAAACAAAUUUCCAGUUCACGAAAAUUUUUCCAGUACACGAAACAAAUUUGCGUGACAAUAAUUGUAAGACAGUCGUACUCUCAGAAAAAUGAAUGUGUGAAAAAAAUCUCGCUCGUUACUCUGAGUGUACUAACCCAGUUGUGUGCCAAACCUUAUCUCGACGUCAGUGCCAUCACAAGCAUGUAUAUAUUAGUAUAUUGUACUCAUUGUCUCAGGGCAGGAUAGAAGCAUGGAGACAAACUUCCUGUCAUUGGCCUCGCAGAUAUCGAAUUAUUAACCAUCUAGUCAAGCUGUAGUCACGUUAAUUUUAUCCUAUGUUAAUGCUAAGUAUUUCAGAUGCAAGCUAUAAGUAUGAAGUGUACAGUCGUAAUCUAGUGUCGGUGUCAAGGUAGUUAGCAGAAGCACUCAUUUCAUCUUUAGAAACAAACUCAGUUUUUCUCUAAACGGUGCCAGUAAACAA